AUGCAACCAAAUUCAAUUAGUUCUCCAAAAUUCAAAGUGAGUCGUUUCAAUCCUCAUAGAGAACAUUUGAAAACGUAAAUUGCACACACUUCUUUGCUUACUCUAAAACCUAGGGCAUCUUUGCCUAAAAUCUAAAAAAACACCUCUCAGAUUUCUCAGAGAAGUGAAAUACCAUUGUUAAAAAUGCAAUCAAUGGGGUCUCCUGUAAAUCAGAAUUAUCUCUUGGAAAUGGAGAAAGUGUAUUGUGUAUGGCAUAGUGAAACUGGUAUAGUGGGGGGAGAAUAGAAAAAACAUAAUUAAGAUGCUAUUAUAGUUUAAAACCUGAACAAUUAUUAGUUGUUUGUCGUUUGCGAUGGUCAUGGAUCUUCAGGCCAUUUGGUGUCUAACUAUGUCUUGAAUACCCUAAUUCAAUAGAUAGAAUAAGGAAUGCAGAGAAAUCAAUACAUGCUCUAAUACAACACUUAAUUGCACAAAACAGUUAUCAAAGGAGCAUUUGCCAAAACAUCCAGUCUCUUGGAAUAGAGUUCUCUCCCCAUCAUUAGAAGUGGAUGCACGUGUAAUAUGGUGAUGUUGCUCUAACAAAAUAUAGUGCCAGCAGAUUUGGGGGAUUUUUAAUAGGAAUUUCAAAAGGAAUCAGUAGUGUACUGUGCCAAUGUUGGAGACAGCAGAGCCAUGAUGGUAAGCAAGGGAGUCAGAGGAGGGUUGAUUACUAAUUAAUUGAGCAUGGAUCAUAGAUUGGAUGUGGUGGAGGAGAGGAAUAGAAUCAAACAGAAGGGAGGAACUAUAGCCUAAUUAUAACACAACGGACAAUCAGUGGGUCCAUUUAGAGUAUGGUUGGAUGAGAUGCAGGGAUCAGGAUUGGCAAUGUCCAGAAGUUUUGGAGAUACCCAGAUGCGAUCUGUGGGAGUCACAUCAGAACCUACCAUUUAUGAGUCGAAGGUAAGACAACAGGAUUUGUUUAUGGUGAUUGCUUCAGAUGGUGUGUGGGAGUAUAUGACAAAUUAACAAGUGGCUAAGUUGGUUUAUGAGAAAUAUGAGUAAUAGGAUCAGGCAGCUUAGUACUUAAUUUAAUAGGCUCAGCAAUAAUGGAAGGAAAAUGAUGUAGUUGUAGAUGAUAUUAGUUGUAUUGUUGUGUUUUUUAAUUAAUCAUUAUGA